AUGAGCCGACCCAUGAUGCUCAUUGGCGCAUUAUUAGCCGGGAUUUACACAGCGGAUAUUUACCCCUCUUUAAAUACGAUUCUCGGGUCAAGGAAAUCCCCGGAGACCCUAGUAACUAGACUCAUCGAUUCCGACAUGCCCUCGCAAACAAUUACACUGGAAAACCAGGCUCUCCGAGUCAAAGUCCAUAUUGCUAAAGAUGGGGCAGCUUUCCUACAAGAGGUGCUGCCUCUCCCCGGCACUUCGCCGACCCCCGCGUUCAAAAAUUUCAGUGACUCGUAUGCGCCCUUGGUAGAGGUGCGGCUGGCUGGAGAAGGAACAGAAAGAAACAAAUCGUCGAAAAGCCUGGUGGGAAGCUACGUCGGAGCUCGUUUGCGAUAUCAGUCUCAUGAGAUUGAUACUGCAGCAGACACCCAGACACUCCAUGUUCGACUGAAGGAUGGUAUAUCCGGGGCGCUGGUGACCUCGCACCUCACGAUUCACGAGGGAUUCCCCGUGUUACGUGCGACGGCUAGCGUCCAGAACGGUGGAGACAAAGACCUCGUCGUCACGCAACUCACAUCGCUAGUCCUUGGUGGACUAUCGACUGGUUCGGACAAGUGGUGGCACGAGUACAGACUCUCUGUACCAAGCAACACGUGGUUUCGAGAAGCUCAGUGGGUUGAACAUGAGCUUCCCAGUCUUGGAGUUGAUGAUUGUGGCGUGUAUGGGCGGCCUGAUUAUCAUUGGGGAAGCCUGGGCCACUAUUCGGUGUCGAACCGCGGCACGUUUUCUACGGAAGGACACCUUCCCAUGGGGCUCCUCAAGCAUGUCGACGACAGAGAUACCUGGCUCUGGCAGGUUGAGAACAAUGGCUCCUGGAGAUGGGAGAUAGGAGACUGGAAGGACAGCAUUUAUCUAGCUGCUGGUGGGCCAGUAGAGACCGAGCAUGGCUGGAGUGAGAGGCUCGCUCCAGGACAGGAGUUUACUACCGUGCCUGUAGCGCUGUGCCAUGUUCAGAAUGACUAUGAAAUGGCCUUUGCAGCCAUGACCCAGUACCGACGCCAGAUCAGACGCAAGCACCGAGACCAUGACCGACUGCCGAUCAUCUUCAAUGAUUACAUGAACUGCUUGAUGGGGGACCCGACCGAGGAGAAAAUAUUAGCGCUUGUAGAUCCCGUUGUCAAAGCAGGUGCAGAGUACUUUGUGAUUGACGCUGGCUGGUAUGCCGACGAUUCCGGCUGGUGGGACGAUGUUGGGCUCUGGGAGCCGUCUCAGAAGAGGUUUCCGUCAGGAUUCAAAAAUCUUUUGAGUCAGAUCCGAAACAAAGGACUGAUUCCGGGAUUAUGGAUCGAGCCAGAAGUCAUUGGUGUCCGCAGUGUCGUGUCCAAGCAGCUGCCAAACGAAGCGUUCUUCCAGCGGGAUGGUCAUCGCAUCGUAGAGAAGAAUCGAUAUCAACUCGAUUACCGCCAUCCCGCAGUACGAGAGCACAUGAGCGCCGUCAUCCAUCGUCUUAUCGCUGAAUAUGGCGUUGGAUACUUCAAGUUCGACUAUAACAUCGAUGUCACACAAGGAACAGACAUCAACUGCUCAAGUCCAGGCUCCGGCCAACUGGAGCAUAACCGUGCGUAUCUGAGCUGGGUAAACGAAUUGCACGAUCGCUACCCGACCCUCCUGAUCGAAAACUGCUCCAGCGGCGCCCAGCGAAUGGAUUACGCCAUGUUGGCGGUCCACGCCCUCCAGUCAUCGAGCGACCAGCAAGAUCCAGAGCGCUACCCGGCCAUUGCAUCGGCACUCCCUACCGCUGUUACUCCAGAACAAGGGGCGAUAUGGACCUACCCGCAGCCGGCAUGGGACGAUGAGCUUAAUGCCAUGACAGUGGUUAAUAGUCUCCUGGGCCGCGUCCACCUAAGUGGACGUCUAGAUCUUCUUCGGCCGGAGCAAUUUAAUUUGGUCAAAGAAGGGAUGGAUGUUUAUAAAGCUAUACGGGCCGAUUUGCCCACAGCAACCGCAUUUUGGCCGUUGGGUCUUCCAAAGUGGCAUGAUGAUUGGUUCUCACUCGGUAUGGCUGUGACGAAGCGCGAUGGCAAUGGUCGCGAGUGCUACUAUCUUUCCAUUUGGAGACGAGGUGGUCCCGAAUCCCUUGACCUGCCCAUCAAAACACUCCGUGGUAAGGCUGUUAGCACUGAGAUUCUUUAUCCUACCAAGCUUCCCGCGACGACCGAAUGGAAGUCCGGCGAGGGCUUAAUGAAAGUCACUAUCCCGUCUGAAAUGGGAGCUCGGCUUAUCAAGCUGACAGCAGGGUGA